CCUGUGCCCUGGAACUAAACAAUGAAGGCCCAGGGUGUCCUCUGGAUCCUGCUGGGAUUGCUGCUGUGGCCAGUGCCUGGGACAGCCUCCUCCCUGCCCCUGGUCAUGGACUCCAUCAUCCAGGUACUUGCUGAGCUUGAGCAAAAGGUGCUGGUGACUGAGGCCAGCAGCACUGCCUCGGCAUGGAUUCUGUCAGCCAAGAACUCCAGCCCCCACAAUUCCCUUCACAAACACCUGCUGCUCAAGGCACCAAGCCACAACACCACAGAGCCAGAUCCCCACUCACUGAAGCCAGAGUUUCAAGCCCUGGUUUCUGAGGUGGCCCAACAUGAUGUGAAGGAUGGGCAGGAAUAUGGAGUGGUGCUGGCACCUGAUGGCUCCACUGUAGCUGUGAAGCCUCUACUGGCUGGGCUGGAGGCUGGCCUGCAAGGGCACAGUGUUGUCAACUUGCCUUCAGAUUGCCUGGAAGUCACAGACGCCUUCACAAAAGCCUCUUCUCAAGAUGUUGGAGCCACUCCACCAAACGGCAUUCCCAAGCCCACCACCGCUGUGGACAGACUCCUGACAGUCACCUUGGCUGGAGACUUGGGUCUGACCUUCCUACAGAGUCCCCAGACUCAAAGUCCUCCUGGCCUGGGAACUGAAGGUUGCUGGGAUCAGCUUUCUGCCCCCCGGGCCUUCACACUGUUGGACCCCAAGGCCUCCAGGCUCACCAUGGCUUUCCUCAAUGGUGCCUUGGAUGGAGCUCUCCUUGGGAACCACUUGAGCAGGAUCCCAGAGCCCCGGCCACCCCUCAGCCACCUGCUGAGAGAGUACUACGGAGCUGGAGUGGAUGGAGAUCCACUGUUCCGAAGUAACUUCCGAAGGCAGAAUGGGGUUGCUUUGAUUUCAGCCCCUGCCCUGACCCAGCGGGUAUGGGAGGCCCUUGUCCUGCUACAGAGGCUGGAGCCAGGACAUCUGCAGUUGCAGAACAUGAGCCUAGAACAGCUGGCUCAAGUAGCCACCUUCGCUACCAAGGAGUUUAAUGAGACUUUCUUGGGCUGCCCAGCCAUUCACCCCCGCUGCCGCUGGAGAGCAGCGCCCUACCGAGGCAGACCAACUCCACUCCAGCUACCCCUUGGAUUUUUAUAUGUACAUCACACAUACGUGCCAGCGCCACCCUGUACCACCUUCGAUCUCUGUGCUGCCAACAUGCGCUCCAUGCAGCGUUUCCACCAGAAUGUGCGCCACUGGGAUGACAUCGGCUAUAGUUUCGUGGUAGGCUCCGACGGCUAUGUAUAUGAGGGCCGCGGCUGGCACUGGGUGGGUGCGCACACACGCGGCCACAACUCCCGCGGCUUUGGCGUGGCCUUCGUGGGCAACUACACUGGAUCACUGCCCAGCGAAGCGGCGCUGAACACAGUGCGCGAAGUGCUCCCCAGCUGCGCGAUCCGUGCGGGAUUCUUGCAGCCAGACUACAAGCUGCUAGGCCACCGCCAACUAGUGCACAGCGACUGCCCUGGGAACGCGCUCUUCGACCUGCUGCGCACCUGGCCUCACUUCACAGAGGUGAAAAACUAAGAGGGACCCUUGGAGAUACAAGACACACUAUCCCUGAUGAUCCUUUGAGCAACCACAGGCCUCCAAUAAAAGGACCACUGAAAACAAA